UCACUCCCCUGCGACUGGAACGCUCCUUCCGUAGCGCUCACUUGUUUACAUGAGCCUUCGAUGAGCAAGAUUUUGUGAAAAUGACGGAGCAGAAAGCGGAUAAUAUCAGCUCUAUCCCCAUCGAUGGGUUCAGCAAUUUAAGAAUCACAUCUAUAUGGACGUUUCUCAUGUCUGUGCAGUGGUCGGAGCCUUGGCUUAUUGGACUGUUAGUGUUUCAUGUUGUGUGUUUGUUUCUGACUGUGGUGACGUGCAGGUACUACAGAGCUCAGAUAUGUCACUUCCUGCUCAUGGCUGGCCUGGUGUACUCUGCUGAAUAUCUAAAUGAGCUGGCGGCCAUGAACUGGAGGUCCUUUUCCAAUUUCCAGUACUUUGACUCUAAGGGCAUGUUUAUAUCUUUGGUCUACUCCAUUCCUCUUCUGCUGAAUACAGUCAUCAUAGUGAUGGUGUGGGUGUACAGGACCUUUUCCACCAUGACGGAGCUGAAGACACUCCAGCUCAAGCGAAAGGCCCGCAGAGAGAAGAGAGAGAAGAGCGACUGAUCCCUCACUUUAUGUCCAAAAUAUGGGCUCAGUGGGAGAAAUUAAGACUCUGCCAGGCUAAUCCUGAAUUUUGGAAGAGGAAGGCAGAUUCCUUCUUGUGACUGUAAAAAGGAUUGUUGGUUGAUGCCGGUCAGGACUGGCUCUCUGUUUCUGCUAACAGUGGUGGAAAGAUGCAGCUGAACAUACUGUACAAUAUGAGAUUUAUGAGGACCACAGAGACAUUUACUGUUUUGUAUUUAAUGUUGUUUUAAAGUGUGUUAAAAUGCUCAAAGAAAGACAAAGUGUUUUUGAAUGAC